ACGUACAGAAUAAAGUAAACGAUACGAAGUAUGAAAACAAAAUAAUGUCAGAAAUGCAUCCCAAAUGAUUUGCCUACGUAAAGCCAUAGAAAACGCAAAAUAAUAAUGGGCUCCUUUGACAGAGCGCAAAAAUUGUAAAAGAUGGGCGUAUUUUGUGUAUAAUGAAAGUGUAUAAAGGUUAAUUACUCUUUAGGUGCUGUGAAGCCCUAAAAAAAUGAAUAUCAUGAGGAAGUUGCGAGGUGCAGGUGCCAAUGUCGGUAUCUCUUCGACCUCCAAUUCGGAUAUUGCCGAAGGGCCUCCCGGAUCACCCCAUACUCAGCUCGGAUUAAUGCAUCUGAAAAAGCUAUUCUCCGAAUACACACAUCCACCUCAUCCGUUAACAGAUGCGGAAAAGGAAGAUAAACUUUAUAAUAUGCUGCCCUUGUUUUGUAAGGUAUUCGGGUCAAGCCCAACAUGUGAUAUGAAUGAAAAAUUUUGGGAUAUACUCGCCUUUUGCCAUCAAGUCUCUCUGUUAAUGGUAUCCGAAAUACGAAAACGGGCAUCCAACCAAAGUACCGAGGCGGCGAGUUGUGCAAUAGCAAAAUUCCUAGAGAUAGAAAAUUGCGAGGAAUCAAGUAACGGAUGGAUGCUCCUGUCGACGUUAAACUUGUUGGCCGCCGGAGACACUACAUUGAUACAAGUGAUGUCGGAGGUAUCGGUACCGUCGACCUUGGUGAAAUGUCUAUACUUAUUCUUCGAUCUGCCCGAAAUGUCGGAAAAUGAGGCAAACAGUACCGAUACCAACAGCGAUUUUACGCCUAGGGAGAGAAGAAUUCUCCUGCAGAAGAUAUUUGUUCAAGUGUUGGUUCGUUUAUGCAGUCACAGAAUACCGGCUGAAGAACUGGCACGAAAGGAUGAUUUAACUCUCUUAUUUUCCGCAAUAACGUCAUGGUGCCCUGCACACAACGUCAUGUGGCGAAAAAGUGCGGCGGAAGUUCUGAUGACGCUUUCACGUCACGGACUGACUCCACCUGUAGUUGGCUACAUACAUUCAAAAGGAUGUGUAGCGUUAUGCAUAGAAAAUAUGCAACGUGUACCUGAACUAGCUCCUCUAGAACUCGUAGAAAUGUUUGUUACCGUAUUUUGUUUUUUAAAAGAUUCUAGCGAGGUUUCUUCUACUUUACUCGAUGACUUUCGACAAGCCCAAGGUUAUUUAUUUUUAUCAGAAUUUUUAUUAAAAUUAGAAAGUGAAAGAUCUAACGAAGCUCAGGAAUCGGUUAGAAAUUUAGUGUUAAUGGUUACGUCAUUGUGUAUGUGCGGCUAUAUAGAGUUGAAGCCUUCGCAAGCGUCGACCGGUUCAUUGUUCCAAAUGCAAGGUUUCACGUUACCGCAACCAUCAGGGAGAGGCACUAGUGUUAGAAAUAUUCAAGCGUUUCACGUUCUUCAAAGUACAUUCGUUAAGUCAAACUCACCGUUAGUAUGUUGUACCAUAUUAGAUGCCAUAUCAAGCAUUUAUCAUGCCGACAAUGCCAAUUACUUUAUACUAGAAAAUCAGAAUACCUUAAGUCAAUUCACGGAAAAAAUUCACUACAAAUCGUCGGAUAUCCAACAGAAACUUUUCCAAUUAAUUGAAUUUUUAGUAUUCCAAUUAAAUUUUGUACCUUGCAAAGAACUGAUCUCGAUGUCAAUAUUUCUUAAGACGCAUAGUUUAAAUCACGUCGACUGCAGCAUCAUGUGCAUGCAAACGUUGCUGAAUAUUUUGAAACACAAUCCGAUCUUUAAGGACGUUUAUCGAGAGGUCGGCAUGCUGGAAGUGUUCGUCACCUGCUUGGAUAGAUACGCGAAAAUGUUAGAAACCAAGUACAGCGAAGAAGAUGUCGGUAAACAAGUUGUUAUUUCCAAUGGACAAGAAAAAUUGGGCACGUUGGUUAUGGAAGCUCUGACCUUGCUAUUGGCGGCGAGCGCAGCUAAUGCGAAUGUUCUUAGGGAAUGCGGUGGCGCCAAGUGCGUUCAUGGAUUGGUCACUUUUCAAGAUUGUCGGCAAACUGCUUUAGGUAUAAUCCGUGAACUAGUCCUGACAACAGGCGGUGAUGAUGACAUGGCCCAGCUAUUAGCAACACUUCAUUCUGCACCAAAUUCCUCAUUACAAUUAAAAAUUGACAUUUUAAAAGCCUUACUAUUAUGCCUGAGAGAUUCUCAUCGGACCCGUACUGUAUUUAGAAAGGUUAACGGAUUUGUCUACGUUACAAGCGUUUUACUAUCAUUGGAAGGAAAACUUGUCAGCCGCGAAAUUAACGCAGAUAUACUCAAUCUUUUGUACAUAGUAUUUCACACGAUAAAUACGGCAAUGCGUUUUGAACCGGCGAAUGCGAAAUUUUUUUAUCACGAAAUUUGCAUGACCAGUUUAUGUGACACCUUACGGUUACUGGGUUGUUUUUCGAAUGAGAAAGUUGAAUACAUUUCCGAGUGCAGUUUGGAAUUGGCCAGUGUGAAGUUGCAGGAUUUUUUUUACACAGUUUUCGCGAAUGGAGUCUCCAAUAUUGUAUUUCCAGAUGAGCUGUCGCCUACUGUAUGCUAUGUAGUGAUAAUUUAUAGGCUUCUCUAUGAUAUAACACUCGAUUUGUUUGAUAAAGCCAAUCUGUCAACGGGUGCUUUGAAUAUAAAAUUGUCAACGAGCAACAAGCCUACCAACCAGGAGACGAGUAAUGGUAACUGCAAUAGUGGUAAAAGAUCAGCGGUAAAUACAUUAAAUUUGAACCCUCCUACACCGGAUUUAAUCAUCGUUCAUCCAGGAAUUGUGAUGGCAAUGUUAAAACUUUUACCGUGUAUUCAGGACAAAAGUAGAGAGAUUGCGUUAGGCUUACAACAGUACGUCGCCGAAAUAAUAAAGUCACUAGUUCGCAGCGAAAGAAAUCAGCAAGUGAUGUGCGAAAGUGGGUUUGUUGGCCACCUUUUGUCAAUAGGUUCAGUACCAUUACAAAAUGAAAACCAUCCUUUACAUUCUCCACUUCAGUACAUGUUGGAGCGAUUAGCGGCGCAGGCGUUGGAAUCGAUGGAUUUACGUAACUUUCUGCGAUUGGGAAACCCUCUAUCCUGUCUGUCAUUGGGGAGCAGUGAUCAAGGGGGCGGUCCCGUACCGCUGACUCGAAUUAAAACUCUGGUCUCCAUGACGACACCGAAAGAUUUUCGCUCGCAAUCCUCCUACACUCUGCCGCCUUUUGUCGAAUUUGACAUGUCGGCCGAAGGAUUCGGCUGCCUGUAUUUACCGAGUGUCGCUCCGCAAUCGCCGACGGGCCCUAGUGUCGUUGCCGGCCUAGAUAGCACAGUUUUAGGCGGAAUUGGAGCAGGCGAUCGAAUGUUUCCACCUCAAACCGGUCUGAGUUAUUCCACGUGGAUUUGUGUCGAUAAAUUUUCGGAUCCCAGAAGCGACCCCCACUGUGUAAGACUACUUACGUUAGUCCGAAAUUUGAACACUACACGCGAAGAUCAUCUAGUGUGUUUGUCAAUUGUUUUAUCCGCCCGGGAUAAGGCUAUUAUAGUGUCAACUCAAGAAACUCACAUUCCACAUCAUGUAGGUGAAUGGGAACCCGAAGGUUCAGGUGAAUACGGUGCCCGAGUUUGGUGUCCGGAUAUCCUUCAAGAAGGACAAUGGCAUCACUUGGUUGUCGUUUUAAACAGAGCAGUAUUGAAAAAUUCUUCGUUUUCUUUAUAUCUCGACGGUCAACACAUGCACUCACAAAAGUUACAUUAUAUCUCUCAAAAUCCUGGCGGCGGAUCGGCGAAUUUAACAAUUGCGUCAUCUGUUUACGCUUACAUAGGUACACCGCCAGCUUGGCGACGAUACUCAAGGCUGUGUUGGAAGCAGGGACCCUGUCACUUAAUCGAAGAGGUUUUGCAACCUGUUACCGUUACACAAAUCUACCAGUUGGGCGCCCACUACAUGGGGUCACUCCAAGCACCGCCCUUGCAAGGUCCCGAGCUGAUGCAACCGCUAGUUCUGGAAGAGAAAGUCAUAUUUGGCCUUAACGCCAAGGCUGUUUCUCAGUUGACUUUAAGCCGGAUUCGCAAAGUGUACAGUCGCACGGAUAAUAAGUCAAUCGCGAAACAGUUGGGAAUGUCGAGCCACGAAAACGCGACCCCUAUUAAAAUUUUGCACAACUCCGCUGGCCACCUUAGCGGUCCGUCCAGAACAUUGGGAGGCGUUAUUAUUGGUUAUUUGGGCGUCAGAGUGUUUUGUGCUCGUCCCGUUGCUAAUGUUGUCGAUACUGUCGGCGGAUGUUCGGUGCUGUUGGGACUAAUUGCUAUGGCUCAAGAUGUUGAGAGUUUGUACGCAGGUGUGAAGGCUUUGGUGUGCGUUGUACGAGGCAAUAAGGUGGCACAAGCCGAAAUGGAUCGCAAACGCGGCUAUCAGACUUUAGCAAUGCUUUUACGACGAAAACGCCUUCUGCUCAACUCGCACAUCUUGCAUUUGUGCUUUAGUUUGGUGGGAACUGUGGAUAGUGGUCGUGAGACUUCUGCUAUACCGAACUUGACCGCAUUUCAAGAUUUGCUGUGCGAUUUAGAAGUUUGGCAUGAAGCGCCAGGAGAAUUGCUGCGCUCACACCUUGAGCACCUCUUUGAAUUGACGUCAGAAUCGAGUGAAAAAAGAAAUAAUAUUUGGAUCAUGCGAGAUUUGCAGUUGGUCACAAAACUGUUGCACAUAACAUCGGAUCUAAAACACCACGCGACGCGUCAGGUGUUGUACUCAUUGUUAUCCGUCUUACUCGGGGGACAACCGAGGCAGUCGGAUUUGCUUUGGUUCGGACAAUUUAUUGCAGCUACUUUACCCGUAUCUUCCAUUCCAAGUGAGAAAACCAUCACUUUGCUCGAAGGAGACGGAGAGAAGGAAGGCGAAGGCGAACAUAUCAUUUUAAGAAACCGUUGCCUCAGUCUUCUCCAUUCGAUGUUGUUUACUUCAAGAAAUACUGUUAGCGUUAUGGUUUGCGAUGAGGUCGUUCGUACAUUGGGCUACGAUUGGGUAUUACUAUUUAUACAACCACACUUACAUUCCACUACUGUGAUUUGGGCUUUGCGAGUGCUCGUCGUCUUAUGUUCGAUAUCCGCUUUAAUGAAUAGAUUUCGCGAAGGUACCAGUAACGGCGGAUGGCUACAUCACACCGAAAUUGUAACUCAUAACAAGAUGGCGGUGGUACUGGGCUAUCAUGCCAAUAACUUGCAUGGGAUUGAUGCGAAAUCCGAACUGUUACACAUUCCCGGAUUUCAAGUUCUCGGUUGGCUGUUGCCGACACAUUUGGAAAUUGCGGAAGUGUAUUUCUUAUUGACCGCAUUAAUGAUGGGACAGCCCGUGAAAUUGCUACCGGUAAAUUGUACUAAAUUUGAUUUGGACUCGGUGUGGGCUUACCUUUGGGGGUCGUCCUUAAAUAACCAACCGGUUAGCAGUGUAGCACCUAGAAUAAAUUUAUGUUCCGAAGCUGUUGUUGUUCUUCUGUCCAUGGCAAGGUCAAUGUUACAUAGCGAACAUGCUGGGCUUCCUGAUUGGUUAAUGGAUCAUCCUAUUUCGAUAGUUCAGGUCCUCUUCUCGUUGUACCACAAUCUGCCAGAUUUUAUGCCCAUAUUUAUGUCGGCCGAAGUUCUGGGUGCUCUCGCCAGUGUACUGUUUCCUAUGGCUAACUCGAAUAACGACAGUGGUGAAAGCAGUAACGGUUCAACGCCUCUAGUAGAUGACGUGGAUUCCGUAAUCAUAGUGGCAAAUACUACCGGAGACGAGUGCGCCUUGACUUCUCACUCUGCACGACAAUUCAUAAUCGACUUUAUAAGAGUCAUAGUGGUGGAUUCACUUAGUUUGUCGGUUACCGGGAAAACAUCUCCGGUCAUUGAUUUGGUGUUGGAUGCGUAUCCAGAAAGUGCGAGUGUCUCACAGCAGACUUGCUAUCAGACGGAAAUUUUGGAUACACUUAUGGAUCACCUGCUUGCGGCCGACAUGCUGGUAGGCGAUCAAGCCGCAAUACCGAUAGUUCCUUUAGCGAAUGCACACGUUCACCAUGUUGCUCCAAACGUCUUUUAUUUAACCGCCAGAAUUGUUGAUAAGUUGUGGCAAGGCGCCCUUACCAAAGAUCCACACGAAGUUUUCGAUUUUAUCGUGAAAUUAAUCGGUCAAGCUAAACGACGGUCUGGAAAUUUUUCUCUCGAAUGUUUAUAUCACUGUCUGAAUCGUUGUAUCUUGUUCUUAUUGUCGCGACCAACUAACUCAAUCGCCGAUCAAAUGUCAGUGUUGGAGGCACUACACAAACUUACAACAAACAGGUUAAUAGUGUUCGGAGCUGGAAAUCACGAAUUGGAUUUUAUAGGGUGCCUUACGUAUUGCCUAUUACAGCUAACUGCCGAUAUGAAAAUAAUGUUAGAUUGUAAUAUGCGUACUAUGUGGCAUGUAAAUCCAACAAGCGAUCUUGAGUGCAGAGACGAACAUUUGAAUCAUCAUCAAGCGCGGAAUUUAAUGGCAGGCGCCGCAUUGCGUGUUUGGGAGGAGUUGUACGUGUGCAAAAAGCCUGCCAUUGAAGAGGUUUUCAAAGUAACGUUGAUAGUUUCGAGUCAAAACGCUAAGGCGCCCGAUUUAACUGUAAUGCGAGAACAAGUGUGCGAGGCAGCUACAAAGUUAUGGUUGAAUUACGUCGACGCAGAACGCAAAGCCGUUUACCGGGUGCCCUGGGAGCUACACAAUCAGUUGCAAUCGAAGAUUCAUAAAGUAACGGGUGGUUUAACGAGGUUAGCUAGUAGAACAAAAGUCAAAAGAGAUGAGGUUACAAGAGUGAAAGUUCAUAUGGGAAAACGGCAAGCUUUACAGUGGAUGUUAAAUCACGUUAAUAUUGUUAAAACCUUGGCAGAAAUGCGCAGAAAUCAACAUCAAAACACCGCCCAACACACGCAGCGCUACGUUUACCAAGAGUGGAUCCAAACCGAAAACGAACUAACUCGCGAACGCGGCUUAUGGGGUCCACCAGAACCUUCCCAUUUGGACAAGUGGAUGUUAGACAUGACCGAAGGACCUCACCGAAUGCGAAAGAAAACAAUGAAAAACGAUAUUUUCUAUCUUCACUACCCUUACAGGCCCGAACACGAGAAAGGUAUACUGAAAUACAAAGUUGCCACAAGUCACCACAGCAAGGAAUACUAUAACGCCGUACAAUUACGUCAGCUGAACGGCGUUUGCGGUAUGGUCGAACCAGAAAAACGAGAAGAAGCUCUGUCAGAGGAACCCAAUCCUAUGCCGUUAACAGUCCCACCUUUGGCCCGAUUGAAAUCCGAACCAGACGAUACACAAGAGGAGAAUGAGACCGAAGAGGAGCCCACUCCACCGCCUGAUAAUCAAACACUUCUUAGACUUUUGGAGGAACACGAAAAGAUAACAAACAUGUUUCGUUGCGCCAGAAUACAGGGACUGGAUACAACUGAAGGUUUGCUCCUGUUUGGACAGGAGCAUUGCUACGUCGUCGACGGUUUCACUCUAUUAAAAAACAGAGAAAUACGAGACAUCGAUAGCGUCUCAUCGGAAGGAUACGAACCAAUAUUACCGAAUCCGGGUUCUCCGAGGUGUUCCAGAUCGAUGCGUCAGUGUUCGAAGUUUUCCUACGAGGACAUCAGGGAGGUUCAUAAACGAAGAUAUCUGUUACAACCGAUGGCUCUUGAAGUGUUUUCCGGUGACGGUCGAAAUUAUCUAUUGGCAUUCCCUAGGAAGGUACGCAAUAAGGUGUAUCAGCGUUUUAUGGCGACCGCUACCGGUAUCGCUGAUAGCGCGCAGCAGUCUGUUGCCGGUCAGAAACGUACAGCGAACGUAGAACAAGCUACUAGUUUAUUAUCGAACUUGAUUGGUGAGACGAGUGUGACACAACGAUGGGUGAGAGGCGAAAUUUCAAAUUUUCAAUAUUUAAUGCAUUUAAACACGUUGGCCGGACGUUCCUAUAAUGAUCUCAUGCAGUAUCCUGUAUUUCCAUGGAUUCUAGCCGACUACGAUUGCGAAGAGUUGGACUUGACUGAUAGUUGUACAUUUAGAGAUUUUACUAGACCCAUGGGCGCGCAAAGUCCCGACCGAUUAGACCAGUUUAAGAAGAGGUUUAAGGAAUGGGACGAUCCACACGGCGAAACGCCCCCCUACCACUUUGGUACACAUUAUUCGAGUGCUAUGAUCGUUUGCUCUUACCUUGUCAGACUGGAGCCGUUCACUCAACAUUUCCUAAGACUGCAAGGUGGCCAUUUCGAUUUGGCAGAUAGAAUGUUUCAUUCGGUUAAGGAAGCAUGGCUGUCUGCGUCUAAACAUAAUAUGGCCGAUGUUAAGGAACUCAUACCCGAAUUUUUCUAUUUACCGGAAUUCCUGUGUAACUCCAAUCAGUUUGAUUUGGGUUGUAAGCAAAGCGGGGUGGCCUUAGGAGAUGUCGUUUUGCCACCUUGGGCGAAACAAGAUCCAAGGGAGUUUAUUCGGGUACACAGGUUGGCCCUCGAAUGCGAUUAUGUGUCUCAAAAUCUGCACCAUUGGAUUGACUUGAUUUUUGGAUACAAACAGCAGGGUCAGGCGGCUAUUGACUCGAUCAAUGUCUUCCAUCACUUGUUUUAUGAGGGAAAUGUGGAUAUUUACAAUAUUGAUGAUCCUUUAAAGAAGAACGCCACCAUCGGUUUUAUUAAUAACUUUGGACAAAUCCCGAAACAACUGUUCAAAAAACCGCACCCGUGUAAAAAAAUGGGCGGCAACAACUCGCGAACGGUCAUCGACACCGGAUCAUUAGUUCAGGCUUUCUCACUUCCACCACCGGAACGGUUAUUUUUUCAUCACUUAGACAAUUUAAGGCCUUCACUGCAAGCGAUUAAAGAAGUCAAAAGUCCAGUUGGUCAAAUACUCCACUUGGAUAAAGCCGUUUUGGCGGUCGAACAGAAUAAGGUUCUCAUGCCGCCCUCGUACAAUAAAUACGUGGCGUGGGGAUUCGCCGAUCACUCCUUGCGGAUCGGAAACUACGAAAGUGAUAAGGCUGUAUUCGUUUGCGAAACUGUCGUGCAAAGUAGUGGGGAGAUUGUGGCGUGCGUGUGUCCUUCGGCUAAGCUUAUCGUCACUGCUGGGACCAGCACAGUUGUAACUGUCUGGGAAUAUGAGGCUAGAAAGAAACAAUUAAGUAUCAAACACAAUCUGUAUGCGCACACGGACGCCGUCACCUGUUUGGCAGCGAGUCCUGCAUACAAUGUAAUUGUGUCGGGCUCGCGCGAUGGAACUGCAGUUAUUUGGGACUUGUCACGAGGGUUGUUUGUGCGGCAACUUCGUGGUCAUACCAGCCCUGUGGCGGCGGUCGCAGUAAAUGAUCUUACGGGCGACAUUGCAACUUGUGCCGCAACCUGGUUGCACAUAUGGAGUAUUAAUGGAGAUGAGCUUGCAAGCGUAAACACGUGUGUCGGAAGAGCGGAUCGAAUGCAACAAAUUUUGUGUAUAUCCUUUUCACAAACGCACGAAUGGGAUUCUCUUAAUGUCAUCAUGACAGGUUCUACAGAUGGUGUUGCCAGAAUGUGGUCAAUUGACUAUGUGCAAGUGCCAGACGAAAAUGACAAAGAAAAACCAAAUAAAGACAAUGUAAAAGUAGUACAAAUAGCAGAGCAACCAAAGACAAAUGAAAUAGUAAAACCUCUACCGAUUCAUAGUCGGUUAGUGAAGCAAGUUAAUGUCUCUAACGAUAGCGUCGGCAGUAAUUUAGUUAAGUCUGGUUCCGAAAGUAGCCUUUCGGAGGAUAGCACUAUACGAAGAAGUUCAGUUGAUCGCCAGAGAUCGGGUGAAAUUAGUUGUAAAGAAUGGAGAAGUAAGCAACAGGAUGAGAAAGAUACCUGCAGCGACACCGAAGAUACGCCCCCUGUACCACCUGCUCGGAGAAGAUCACGUAUGCAGGGAAUUCCUCGAAAGAGUGAAGGUGAUCUUAAAAUAGCAUUGAUGAAGUUGGUCGUUGUCAUUUUUAAUUUAGGUAAUAGCGCAGAUAGCGUAAGCUUGGAAGUCGACGAGGGGUCCGGAAUGCGCACGAGCAAGUCUGAUACUAAUCUCACAGAUUCGUUCAUCAUCGUUCCAGAACCUCGAAAACGUCCCGUUAAUCCUCAUAGCUCGUUACGACCAGGAUUUAAGUGGCAAAGGCAACUAGUAUUUAGGAGUAAAUUAACCAUGCAUACUGCGUAUGAUAGAAAAGAUAAUGCAGAGCCCGCUUCCAUUACUGCUCUGGCUGUAUCGAGGGAUCAUCGAAUUGUCUAUGUGGGCGACGCUCGAGGACGCGUCUUCUCUUGGAGCGUGUGCGAGAUACCUGGCCGUGCCGCAGAUCAUUGGUUGAAAGACGAAGGCGCAGACUAUUGCGCGGCGUGCACUAUACGAUUCACAAUAUACGAACGGAAACAUCACUGUCGCAACUGCGGGCAAGUGUUUUGCUCGAAGUGUAGCAAGUUCGAGAGCGAAAUUUCCCGAUUAAGGAUUUUUAAACCUGUACGAGUAUGUCAAAAUUGUUACGCUACAUUGAAAGUAGAACGUUAAAUGGAAACCCUCAAGGAGAAAUUAGAACCCUUAAAAGUUUAUAACUGGAGUUGUAUAAAUGUAUAGAUAUAUUUUGUAUAAGUAGAACCAGAUCUACAAAACCUUACCCUAGACGAUACAACAUUUAAUCGAUGUAGAAAUACAUAUAAUAAUUGUAAGGGAUCAUUUAUAAAUGGAAUAAUUUUAAGAUACUAUGUGCGUUUUUUAUGCAGCAUUUACCAAUACGCUUUUUCAUAAUUUUAGGAAACGCUUUAACCUACCAUGGUGAAGUUUGUUUUUAUAUUUUUUGUUAUAUUUUUGUGACUGAAGAACUUUACAAUGUUAUAUGGAAAAGCCAAUCAUAUUUCUACUAUUAAUUGUUUAAUUAAUUAUUACUUUGAGUAAAUAUUGUUAAUUUUGUGUUAAAAACGAGUCAUAUUGUUAUCGUAUUAGUGUUAUAUAUGUAGCCCCAAAGUCGAUCCUAUUUAACUUUUAUUUGUAUAAUAGAUAUUGAUGGACUUUUACCAGUAUUAUAUUUGUUGUAAUGCACUUCACGCAGGCUUAGAAUGGAAACACCAAUCUGUCAUAAAGAAAAAAAUUAUUGUUAUAUAAUUGUAGUGCCGUAAUUUUGUUCCAAGCUUAAUGUUUUCAUGCCGCAAAGCAAUAUGUGAAACAAUAAUUUUGUGCGGUUUUAAUUUUGCUGGGGCUUAAUUUAUUGAAUAAUCUAUUUUUACAUAGCCAGUAGUUUGAGUAUUUUUUAGAGAGUUGUGAUAGAACGGUAAUACUCUAAUACAUUUUCGGUAUUAUUUUUCUAUUGUAAUGGAACGAAUUUGUUUAAUACAUGAAGAAUUGCACUGGCGUACUGUAGACAAUAUAAACUUUUGCACUAUUGUGCAUUCCAAAGUAUAUUUACGUAUAAUUUUAUAAAUGUAUGUGAUACUGUAGAAAUCUAGUUUAGUAAAUUGUAAAUAACCUCCCGAUUUAAUAUCCUUCAUUAAAAUCUGAGUCAUAA